UUCAUUUAAGAAUGAUGAACAGUGAUUUAAAAAAGAGAUGAGAUCAUGAGAAGAACAAGAGAGCUCAAUUAACUGGUUCAGACUUCAGAGGACCUAAAUUGAAUUAAGGAGUCGGAGGUGGCGAGACGGAGAGCUAGAGUACCGCCGGCGAGGAAGAUAGAGUGAACGGAAGCCAACGACGUUGCGCGACUCUAUAGCGCUUUUCAGCAACCCCGCUGGCGUGACAUUGCUGGAAAAAUGCAUGGACGGCCUAGAAACCCUUCAAAGCCCGAAGAUGAAGCUGCUUCUGCUGCCAAAGCCGCUAAAUUACGCACUCUUCAAUCCCAAUUUAUCAACUAUCAUCACAAUCUAAAUUACGACAAAGAAGCUGUAGAAAUCAGCGCAAAGCUGCUUGAGAUUAAUCCAGAAUUUUACACUGCCUGGAACUAUCGGAAACUUGCUGUUGAGCAUUUUCUGAGUCAACCCGACUCAGAUCCUGUCUCUAUUUUGAACGAGGAACUCCGCGUUGUAGAAAGUGCGCUGAGACAAAAUUUCAAGUCAUAUGGAGCAUGGCAUCAUCGUAAAUGGGUGCUUAGCAAGGGCCAUUCAUCUGUAGACCAUGAAUUACGUCUCUUAGAUAAGUUUCAGAAGGCUGAUGCACGGAAUUUUCACGCAUGGAACUACCGGAGAUUUGUGGCUGCGCUGAAGAAUAUUGUAGACGAAGAUGAACUGAAGAACACCACCGAUAUGAUUGAAAGAAAUUUCAGCAAUUAUUCUGCUUGGCAUAACCGUAGUGUACUAUUGUCAAAUUUACUAAAAAGCAAAGCUGAGGGAUUUUUUCCUAAAGGGAAGAUCUUAACCGAGGAAUAUGACCUUGUGCACCAAGCAAUUUUCACUGAUCCUGAUGACCAAAGUGGAUGGUUUUAUCAUCUUUGGCUUCUCAAGCAAACAAUCUCUAGGGAUACUCCUUGGUUGCAUUCUGCUUGGCCUGCUUCUGAUUCUGAGCUCAUUAUAUCAGCAUGCAAGUCCGCAUCUGGCUGUAUGGAUUCGUCAUCUUCAAGAUAUUCUUCUGAUGGAACAAUACCAGUGAUUCUGUAUUUUAACCAAGCUGUUAGAGGUGUAAAUUCCUCUACGGUAUCUGUCAAAUCUGCUCUUGCAGAAAGCAAAGAUAUAAUUUGGAGGCCUCUUUCCAUUGACAAAUAUGAGAGUGCCAAGGCCUGGGUUGCACAGCUAAAUUUUUCUGAUGUACAACUUGAUUAUUGCAUUACUUAUCCAGUUGAAGUUAGUGUGGGAGACUCUUCCGAGAUAGUCUCUCUAGGUGGGUUCUCCUUAAGUAAUGCGUUUGAGUUUAAAUUUGCGGUCCGCUUUCAGCAGCUUGAUUCAGGACUUACAGAAGGGAAGAAUAUAGAUGCAAUUUUGUGGGAUGAUUCCAAUUUUCAAAAGUAUGAAAUGAACUCUGGGGAAUCAAAUUUGUUGUCACUAUUUAACCAAUUGCGAAUUGACGAGGAUCAAGCAGGUGUUGAUUCGAUGUGGAAGGUAAAUACGUUGGCCAAUGAGAUUGAGCUUUUUCGUGAACUUCUCUCAGCUGCAGACUGUAAAAUCGGAAAGCUUACACUUGCCAGGCUGUUGACAGCUCUAGAUACAAUUGUGUCAGGCAGAAGCACUUUAACUUCAUCCCAGAUGGUGCAUACUGAAGAAAUUUUGGCUUUAUAUAGUGAUUUGAUGAAAAUGGACCCACCUCACUCACAAUACUAUAAAGAAGAACACAGUUUGGCAUUACUCCGGCAGGCUACUUGUUGCAAGGACAACUUGUUGAGGUAUUGCUGGCGCUAUGUGAAAUUAGCCAAAACAAAUCCAGAGAGCUUUAUUUGCAUCCGGUUUAAUAGCUUAUCACUGGCUAGAAUUGGGUCUGUUGAAAAUUUAUUGUGGGUUCAAAUGCUAGAUCUCAGCCACAACGAACUUAGAUCACUUGAAGGGUUGGAAGCCAUGCAGCUUCUUUCUUGUUUGAACCUAAGUAAUAACAAGAUCAAUAGUUUUACUGCUUUGGAUCCAUUAAGGCAUUUGAAGUUGCUGAGAGUGUUAACCAUCUCUCACAAUGAGAUUGGGGAUCAUUCAAUUGACAGCACCAGGUACUUGUGCUCCUCCCCUUUGUCUCACACAAUACCAAAUGAUUGGAAGCUAGCCAUAUCGUCAGGUGAUGUCGACCGCACGAUAAAAUAUUGGGAGGCUUUUAUAAUCUUCAGAGAUUUAACCUUGACUCAGCUUGAGAUAACAGGAAAUGCCGUUGUCAAUGAAGAUUUUAUAUCGUUCUUGCGUAAAACUUUGCCCACAUUGGAGUGGCUUGAUGGUAAAAUUUCAUAGAUUUAUUCAUUUUAUACGGAGUAACUUGUUCCUAAAAGCAUAUGAUGUACACGUAUAAUACUUUUGGUUAAAAUUUAAGAAAAUAAUAUAGAUACGGAAUAGUUCUAUGGUUUCUAA